CCUCCAUCUCUACCACAAUGGGCAUUCUUGACAUCGUUCCCGCCGGCGUGUUGACUGGCGACAACGUCCGCAAGCUCUUCGAGUAUGCCAAGGAGCACCAGUUUGCUAUUCCCCCCAUCAACGUAACAUCCUCCUCAACUGCUAAUGCUGUUCUUGAGGCCGCCCGAGACAUCAAGAGCCCCAUCAUCAUCCAGGUGUCGCAAGGCGGUUCCGCGUACUACGCCGGUAAGGGCCUCGCCAACGACAAGCAACAGGCGUCUAUACUCGGUGCCGUCGCUGCUGCCCACCAUGUCCGCAUCGUCGCAAAGGCCUACGGUGUGCCUGUAGUGUUGCACUCGGAUCACUGUGCGCACAAGCUGCUGCCCUGGUUCGACGGCAUGCUCAAAGCGGACGAGGAGUACUACAAGCAGCACCAGGAGCCGCUCUUCUCGUCGCACAUGCUCGACCUCUCUGAAGAGUCCAAAGAGGAGAACAUCGCGACAUGCGUCUCCUACUUCAAGCGCAUGGCGCCUCUCGGGCUCUGGCUUGAGAUGGAGAUCGGCAUCACCGGCGGCGAGGAGGACGGUGUUGACAACACGAGUGUAGACAACAACAAGCUAUACACGCAGCCCGAGGACAUCUGGGACGUGUACAGCGCGCUCAGCGCCAUCGGCCCCAACUUCAGCAUUGCGGCAGCGUUCGGCAACGUCCACGGUGUAUACAAGCCCGGCAAUGUCCGCCUGCACCCGGAGCUCCUCCAGAAGCACCAGGUGUACGCGGAGGAGAAGCUUGGCGGUAAGAAGAAGCCCCUCUUCCUCGUCUUCCAUGGUGGUUCUGGUUCGUCCAAGGAGGAGAUCAAGACUGCCGUCCAGAACGGCGUCGUCAAGAUGAACGUCGACACUGACACCCAAUACGCGUAUCUCCGCGGUAUCCGGGACUUCAUCCAGACCAAGUCGGGUUACCUGCAGUCGCAAGUCGGCAACCCGGACGGCGCGGACAAGCCGAACAAGAAGUACUACGACCCGCGCGUGUGGGUGCGCGAGGGCGAGAAGACGCUCACGCAGCGUGUCAAGGAGGCGUGUGGGGACCUCGGCAACGUCGAUCGUCUAUGAGUGGGCACACGCUGCUUGCGGACGUAAAGCGGAAUCACAGACGGAAUGCGGAUGAAGUGAAGCAACUUAAUGUAUUGUAUGACGUAGUGUAUCGCAAUGCACGAGACUGUACAAUCGUC